AUGGCUUCCUCCUCCUCCUCCUCUGUUGCACUAUCCAAUGAUUAUGAUACCAAUAACCAGGAAGCGGUUGUAGGCGUUGACGGCGGAGACCUGAGCCCUCUACAGAAACAUGCGGCUUUCUUUGACAGGAACAAAGAUGGGCUUAUCUACCCUUGGGAAACAUUCCAAGGGUUCCGUGCGAUCGGCGCUGGGAUUCCUUUGUCCUCCAUUGCCUCUAUCUUCAUUAAUGUCGCCCUCAGUCCUAAAACUCGUCCGGGAAAAUUUUCUCUUCUGUUCCCAAUUGAGGUAAAGAACAUACAUAAAGGCAAACAUGGGAGUGACACUGGUGUCUAUGAUGCAGAAGGAAGGUUCGUACCAGCGAAGUUUGAGGAGAUCUUUCAUAAGCAUGCCCUUACUAAUCCAAAUGCUUUAACAUCAAAAGAAUUGUCAGAACUGCUCAAGGACAAAAGGAUUCCUAAAGACUACAAAGGAUGGAUUGGGGCCUGGACAGAAUGGAAGGCAUUAUAUAUCCUUUGCAGUGACAAAGAUGGCUUUCUACACAAAGACAUCAUUAGAGGUGUUUAUGAUGGAAGCCUCUUUGAAAAGUUGGAGAAAGAGAGAGCAUCAGCUCACAAGAAAGCAUAGUUAAACUUAAAUAAUGAGAAAUACUUCAAGUAUUCAUUUAUGUUUAUUGUUCCAUCUCAAUUUAUACAUGUAGAUCAGUUGUGUGAAAUGAAAGGAAAAAGCAGAAAUAGGAAACAUUCUUAUAUUGGAAUUAUUUUUACUUGAAUAGUUGGAAUGGAUAUGUGAAUUCGUUUACUGUAA